AUGGAAGAGCCGGAUGAACCCGGCGAGCCGUGCUUAGCCUCCUCUGCACAACCGAAUUGGAUUAUGCACCAUUUUGGGGCGGAUGCAAGAUUCUCUGAGCAUCAGGACAACAAAGCAGAACCAAGCGAUUGGCCUCAUUCGCCUUCGCCUUCCAGUCUAGUGCAACCUGCAGGCGUGGGCGAGUCGGACAAUGCAUCAGACACUUGUCAUGCCGAAGACGCACGAUCGUCAAGUAUGCUUGCUGAGCAGUGGCCUGAAGCUGAAGGGUCGCUAGCGGACAAGCUCGAGUGUGACUCUCAGUGUUCAUCGUCGGUGAUAUCAAUUAGUCGGAGUUUAUCUACCAACUACGAAGUUGAGAACGAUGGGAUGCCUGAGCCUUCGACCUUGGGGCGGGCACAGCUGGACUGCCCAGUUAGCGUUCGUUCUAGGGACAAGCCUGAGCAUCGUGAGGCACGACAGCGUUCUCGCUCUGCGUCCUCAGUACUCGACUUCACCCAAGAAGGCUUGGGUGGAAGGAAACCUCACGGCUUUAAGAUAUACAACGACGCGCUGCCAGCUGUGCAACAGCCACAAACCCCACAAAGUCUACCAGAGGCACGACAUCGAAGCCGCAUUCACGACUCAGCAAUCACACCAGGCAUACGUCGCAUACAAGUAAAGGAAACUCACCUGGCGACGGGAGUGAGCGUUGCACGACGACGUGGUUCAUCCUCAACAUCGUAAAAAGCAGUCCAGACAUCCGACUCGACCAAUCAUUCCAUUGAACACGUUAUCAGUCUCGAUGCACCAACCGUCGAGGGCAUUUCUAGGACAACUAUAAGCAGAGGGAUAGAGAGAAACCGACGAUGGCUAGGCAAUGUGAAUCUCAGAGUACUACCAGCAACGGCAAAAGCAAUGUUGUACCCAGGUAUACAUUCGAGAUUCU